AUGGAUAUUGAAAGGACUUCAAUACUGUUGACCAAACAGAAUGAUAUUCUAUCAAGACUUGAUCAACUCAGUAAACGUCUAAACAACUUGACACCAAGUGAUGAGAUUACAAAGACACAACAACAUGUCUCUGAUUAUGCAAAGUCAAUCGAUUUGAAGAAUGAAUUAGUUCGAGUACCAUCACCUUAUUAUACAUGGACAUUGGAGCAGAGGGCAUGCUACUUGGAUGCACCAUCACCAGAUCAUCUCUGCAAGAGUAUUAUAAUGGAGAACAUUGACUGUGUCAACAGUGAUAUGUCUGAUCCAUUCAAUAGUCGCUACUACCUGGUCAUCAUUCAGUACACGACCAAGAUACAGAAUCAAAAGGUGCUCAAGUUUGUCAAGUCAUUGGGCAGUCAGAGUCGUCAGAGCAACCAGCCACUGUCAAAGGCAAACUAUCGAUUUACCUUGGCAACGAGUGAAGCAUCACAUCGUAUGACUGGCUUUGAGUACAAUGCUGUCUGUCCAAUUGCCACUAUCGAUCGCAUACCAAUAAUCGUGUCCCAGGCGAUCCUAUCGCUGAAAAAUCAAGUCGUAUGGUUGGGAGGAGGAGAGACUGAUCUCAAGCUGGUAGUGGACAUCAACGAGUUCAUCCAAAAGGUUCAAGACAAUGCCAACAACAAAGUGUUUGUGGCCGAUGUAACUUAUGAUACCACCUCCAUCUCAGCAUCUACGCCAAGCGAUGAGACAACUACUACUGCAGACAGCUAG